UGCUUCGCAGGGAUAAAUGUACACUUGCCGUAAGCCACGAGGCUUUUAGCGACUCCAGAACGAUACGGUAGCUCGUCACUGGUCGUUGCGUUUCAUCGUGCAUCGUCGACACCCGCGACACCCGUGCGAUUCGCUUGUUAUCGAGCCAGGACUCAGCAGCGUCCUGGCCAAUAAAGCAGGCCGUUCGACGCUUCAUCGCUGAAAGAUCAAAGGACCCACAAUGUUAAUCACGGUGAUUCUUCUCGCCACUUCCUCUCUCGUUUCCGGUCAACUGGAUCUACCCCCGCUGAGGCAGGAUCCGAGAAACAAUAAUGUCGGCCAGUAUCCUCCCACGGACGCUGAAAUAGAGGACAUUUUAGCGAGAUUGGAUUUCCUUGGAACUGAAAGAUGCAGCGCCAACGUCGCUGCCCAAUGGCAGUACGAAACGGAUGUAAACGAGUACACGCAGCUACAGGCGUUGGAAGCACAGCGAAUAUACGCAGAUUUCCAGAACCAAGCUUGGUACUUGAUAUCGAGGAUCGAUAAAGAUAAUAUCAGGGAUCCAGUGAUUAGACGGCGGCUCAGAUACUUGUCGGUAGUGGGACCAGCCGCAUUUCCGCCGGACCAGUUAGACAGGUACAACCGUGUGAUCAACGACAUGCUGGCGGUGUACAACGAGGCUAGCAUCUGCGCAUACAACGAUCCCUUCCGGUGCGGACUGCGUUUGUAUCCAGAUAUAGCGCAGAUCAUGGCGAGAAGCCGGAACUGGGACGAAUUGCAAUACGUGUGGACCGAGUGGAGGAGGCGCAGCGGGAUGAGGAUCAAAGAUCUUUAUCAACAGCUGGUUACCUUGAACAAUGAGGCUGCUAGGUUGAACAAUUUCACUGACGCUGCUGAAUAUUGGAUGUUCCCGUAUGAAAGCCCCAACCUGCAGGAAGACAUCGAACAAGUGUGGGAGAUGAUUAGGCCUCUUUACGAAGAAUUGCACGCGUACGUUAGAAGGAAGCUGAGGGACCUGUACGGGCCUGAAAAGAUCGGUGCUCACGCUCCGCUUCCGGCUCACAUACUCGGGAACAUAUGGGGCCAGUCGUGGACCAACAUCAUCGACGUAACGAUACCUUACCCGGGUAAGGUUUACCUGGACGUGACGCAGGAAAUGCAGGCGCAGGGAUUCACACCGAUAGAAAUGUUCAGGGUAGCAGAGGAAUUCUACCUGUCCUUGAACUUGAGCGCGCUGCCGCCGGAAUUCUGGGCCGGAAGCAUAAUCUCCGACCCGGGCGACCGUCCUUUGAUAUGCCAGGCUUCCGCUUGGGAUUUCUGCAAUCGCAUAGAUUACAGGAUCAAGAUGUGUACCAAGGUCACCAUGAAGGACUUGAUCACGGUGCACCACGAGAUGGCCCACAUUCAGUAUUUCCUGCGGUACAGCGGACUUUCGCGGGAAUUCAGGGACGGGGCAAAUCCAGGCUUCCACGAAGCCGUAGGCGAAGCUGUCGCCCUCAGCGUUUCCAGUCCCCGUCACCUUCAAACUCUAGGCCUAGGUAACAAGUACAUCGACGACUCAACAGCUGACAUUAAUUAUCUGUUCACUCUGGCGAUGGACAAGCUAGUGAUGCUACCUUUCAGCAUCGCGAUGGACAGGUGGCGAUGGGACGUUUUCAGGGGUUACAUCAACAGGGAAGACUACAAUUGCCACUGGCAUCGACUGAUGGAGCAAUACGCCGGAAUCAAACCGCCCGUCCUUAGAUCCGAGGACGAUUUCGAUCCUGGAUCCAAGUACCACAUUCCAGCCAACAUUCCGUACAUCCGGAAUUUCGUGGCUGGCGUGCUACAGUUCCAGCUCUACCGGGCGAUGUGCAAUGCGGCCGGACAGAGGUUCGUCGAUGAUCCCAGGAGGCCUCUGCACAGGUGCGACUUCUAUAGGAGUCCGAAUGCUGGCAGGGUACUGGGGAGAAUUAUGGAAAAGGGAUCGUCGAUACCGUGGCAGGAUACAUUGCAAGAAGCUAUCGGCGAGGGUAGAUUGGACGCGUCCGCGUUGAGGGAGUACUUCAGACCUCUCGAAGAUUGGCUCAGAACGGAGAACUUGAGAACCGGAGACGUCGUUGGUUGGUCUUACGACGGGGAUUACUGCAAGCGCAGCAUCGAGACCGCCGGACUGCAGGUCUACGGCAGCGGAUUCUACAAUGGCGCCGGGUCUACGUAUUCGAUGACGAUAUUACCUGGACUCAUCGCGGUACUGACGAUAUCUGCGCUACGCUAAUGGAGAUGGGCCCUUGGGUCAAGUCUACCGUUGUUUCUCCAGUGUUUCAUACAUCUACAGACAGGAAAGUGAUGGAGAGGCUCAUCGAUUCUCUCACAGAAGUCGACAGCUUUUAUAUUAGUUAUAUUUAAUUGUCAGAGUUAGAGUUAAGAAGUAUGUAAGAAACUAUAAUGAGUUACUGUACGUCUGAAAAUAACGACGAAAAAGUUUGGUACCGGUUGAAUGCCUGUAGAAAUUGGAAUUUUAUUUCGGAACAUCAAGAUCGUCAGGCAUUUAUAUCUAGCUGAAGUCUGUUAAUAUAUAAUUUAUAAACUUCACAAUGAUUAUAUUAAAGGACUACAUUAAUGUAUAUUUAUUUUUCAACGAUAAUUCCGAAAGAGAGCAACAGGUUAUGUUAUUGGAAAAUCGAUUUAGAAAUAGCUAUCGGAAGAUUUAUUAAGAAAUCCUCGGCAGCUAAUCACAGAUUUUUUGAAGACUAUUAAACAACGACUGGGCAAAGUGUUAAGAAAUCGCUGUCAGAGACGUUUGACGAGACUUGCACGGUGCCUCGCCAGGCGAAACGAAUCCAUUCCGAUCGAGUGGAUGCGACGUGUUCGCGUGGCUGCGUUAAGCGACGAACGAGCACGAGCCAUUGUUGCCGUAAGCGUUCAUUAUUAGUUUAACCGUAAAUUGUCGAGUUUGGACGCGGGCUUCUAAUUAUGGAACAAUUCCCUACACGCGAGCCUCUUCGCCGCGGCUGUGCACUGCCUUGUAACGCCCCGGGUUCCACCAUUUUGUGGGAAAACAAAUUUAUCCGCGCGGAUCCCGAACAAUGCCUCCUGUCCCCGUUGCGUCGGCGAGAAAUUUUCGUUCGAGCGCUGUGCUUCGUCGACACCGCGCGAGUGAAUUUUUAUCGACGUGUCCAUAAUGUAAAUAUUGUUGUUUAUAGCUCACGUUGCGUGUUUACGUCGACCUACGCAUAAUUGUGGAUUAACCCCUUGCCUUAUGAUUUAUUUCUGAACAGUGCUUGACAAUACAACUUCAUCAUUAAUAAUUCAAUAGAAAAAGAAGAGUUUUAUAUUUAUUUUGUGUCUACCUUUACAAAUGUUAAAAAUCAAUAAUAGAUAAGCAGUAUUUAGUUUAUGCUAAAAAUAAAUAAAUCACUAUUUCUCGAAUUUAGUUCCAAAUUCUCACGAGUCUGAUACAUAAGGCAAGGGGUUAACGAAAUCUCAUCGUAAUUAAUCCAAAUCAUCCUCCGAUAUCGUCGCUGUUUCCACAAAGAUGAAAAUACAUUUUACGUUAUAUAUGUAUACAUAUAUUUUAUACUACUACGUUAUUGUACCGCGUAGAAGAAUUGGAGAACUAAGAAACGAAGAAUGAAUAAAAUCGUACGCCAAUGAAUAGAUUAUAAAAUACUUAUAAAGUCAAAAUGGCUUAGAAAACUUCGUUUCACUAUCGCUGAUACGAUCUUUCAUCCGUGAUGCACACGAUGAAAUAUAUAGUAAUUAAUUCUACGUUCGUUGAACGCAACAAUUUUUCACGGUGAUACAUCUUCAAAGAAUCAUUCGAAUAUAUACGUUACUGUUACAGCAGUAAAGAAAUGUAGGAACGAUGCGAACGAAAUAAACGAAUUUCUUCCGAACGAUUCGACAUUAGGCGCAGUGUCGCAAGCCGAAGACACGAAAUUUCCGGCAGGCUAGCGACCGGCGGUUUUUUUAUUUCUCCUCUCUUUCUUCGAUCGGCCGGCGCUCACAAAGGGAACCCGUUGUCCGGUAACCAUUAUUCCGGACUUUCGCUGCCCUCGGUCGGCCAACAAAAGCUGCACGCCGUCUGAGCCGAAAUUGGCCGGCUCGGUUGCGCAACCGAAGGACCUGCUAGGCCGCAUCCAUAUCACGGCACACGACGCAGAUGAAUUGUAAUUCCGCGAGCACGUUCGACGAUUCUCUUCGCUUAAACCACGUAUAUAUGCAGAAGCCUGUCCCCGGCUGAACAAACAUUGCAUUUCGAAAAUUUAACCGGCACAUAUUUGCACGGACAUGAUAUACUGGAGAAUAUUUUCGUAGUUUUGACAUUUUCCUAUGCGAAAUACUUUACACCGGUGGUUCUUAAUUCUGCCGGAGUUACCGA